AUGAUCCUUCUUGUCUGCAUCCUCACUUCUCUGGCUGUUCUUUCUGUGCAUGCACACCUGCUCAAGCCAGCUUGUUAUGUUAGGGCUGCAUACUGCUCUUCCUCUUCAGUACAGAGUUUGACCUGCAGAGAGCCCUGCACUUCCCUGGGCGACGUUGAGAUCCUUCUCACUGGAGGUGAUGAUGUGGAGACACCAAGAUUCUACAUCGCCCACAACAGAUCCGCAAAUAGCAUUGUAGUCUCACAUCAGGGGACGAAUUCACAUAACAUACUCUCCAUACUCAAUGACCUGGAAUUGCUUAGGAAUCCUCUCAACUCAACUCUGUUCCCGAAGGCUCCGACUGAAGCCAGUUUACAUGCCGGAUUCUAUGAGACCUUCGACCGGACAGCUCAGUCGGUGCUGUCAACAGUUUCCGCCGGGUUGAAAAGCAAGGGUGCAGAUAACGUCCUCAUAGUAGGUCACAGCCUUGGGGCAGCAAUAGCAGUGUUGGACGGGAUGAUGCUGAAGACGAUGCUCCCGGCAAACGUACCAGUUCAAACACGGGUUUUUGGGCUUCCUCGGAUGGGAAACUCCGAAUGGGCUAGUUUUGUGGACGAUACAAUCAGUGAUGCCUUCACUUUCGUUACAAAUAAUCAAGACCCGGUUCCGCAGGUCCCCCCGACGAUCCUGGGCUUCAAACAUCCUAGUCAUGAAGUGCAUAUCCAAUCUGGGAAUGUCACAGUAUCCUGCAAUGGACAAGAGAAUACACACUGCUCGGCCGGCAAUAGCUUACUCGACUCUUUGAUCGCGGAUCAUCGAGGGCCAUACUUCAAGGCAGCUAUCAGCCUAGUUUGUGAUUGUGGCUGA